AUGUGUUGCGGUGGGAAGAAGGACGACCUCGCCAACUGGAUAAAGGCGGCGUCCACCGGCAACUUGACUGUUAUAAACAAACAACUCUCGAAGAUGAAGGGGAAGCGUGAUACAAGGGCAACCAACACGGAUGGUAGCAUCUUCAAUAGCUUUACCGCCAUGCACUACGCUUGCUACUUUAACCAUCUGCAGGUUGUCCAGAAGCUUUUUGACUUUGAAUAUAUGAUUAAGACUGGGGACACUGUCAGGAUUAAGUCCAAGUUCAGUUCUGCAGAUGUAGAGAUGAACCUCGGCAAAGAUUCUACUCCUCUCAUGAUUGCCAUUGCACGCGGAAGCAUCCCGGUCGCGAAGUUCCUCCUUGAAAAGGCCAGUACUAGCGGCGGCGCCGUCUCCCGACAGAUUCUUGGAGUUAGCAAUGCAUCAGGUCUUACGGCCCUUGGAAUGGCCUGCUCUUCAGCAAACAAGGAGAUGAUCGACCUCAUUCUCUUAAAGGACGCCGUGCUUCUUAAGACGGAACUCCACAUGACGGCCGUCACGGGAACGAAUGCAAUACAUCACCUGGCCUUGUUUGCGCGCACAGAGGUCUUCGACAAGCUUACUAAAUAUAUCUUUGACUCCGCUGAGACAUCUCCGGAGAAUAAGAAGCUUCGCAUACAGUUCGUGGAGAAGCUCAUGAGCAGGGACUCAAACCAGAACAGUGUCUUCGACAUGGUCUAUCAGAAAGCCAUUGGCAAGAAGUUUGGGGUGACUGAUGAUCACAAGGAUGCUAUGUAUAAAUCGCUUAGGACGAUGGUGAGACGCGUGUAUAUCUGGGCGCUUCAGCUUAAGCACAACGAACUGGAGAUCGCCAACGGCUUCCUGGGUGCCCCGUAUGAAGAGAUCUGCAAAGAUGUGAGUCACGAGGUUAGUAAGGAGUUCCUUGAACGGUGCACAAAGGCCAGUACAGACCCAGAGACAGACGACACGUUGUAUUUGAUGCAGCAGCUGAUUGAUCAGUACUCUUCCAGCGUUAGCGUCAAGACUACGUCCCCUGUGCAGGAGGCCAUGGAGUCUAGCCAGAUAUCGAGGAAGAGCGUGAGCAACAAGCCCAUAUCUACCACGGCCUCAGCUGUCGAAUCUACGCGUGCGUCCCAGGCGCUUGAGGAGGGCUCGAAGACUGUUACGGGCCAAGCUUCCUCUGGAGAUUACGAGAAUAUCCUCGUUGAUAGUGCAGAAAUUCCGUCGCACACCCCACAGGUAACUGGUACUGUUGAGACCGCUCAGCCCACCGAGACGAUCGAAGAUUCACUAGUCAUCGAUCCAACCGUGCUACCGCCGAGCCUAGCUUAG